ACAGGCGUCAACCAAACACAGUUGCCGCCGCGAGUGCAACCAGGUACCACGCACCAUUGCUUACCACCAUAACGCGAUAACCCAGAAUAUCAUAUCUACUAGGACAGUGAUAACAUUGUUCCUUACUCAGCCAGAAAUGGCUUGUGCGCAAACGAGAAAGAUUCUAAGCCUCUGGCUCCGUAUUACUCUGUUGCCGGUCUUAAUUCUAGCUGAACCGCAGCUAGAUCUUCCGCCGAUAGUUUCAUCUACCCAACGGAAUCCAUAUGGAUAUGGUGUAUCUAGUACGCAAUCUAGUGUAGGAAAUAACUUUGAUAACAGAAACUUUCAGUACAGCACCGCUCGACCGCAAAGCUCUGUUUCUGGAGGGUAUCCUUCUUCGACGCCUUUUAGUGGGAUAACUCCGGUUAUAAGCAAUAAUGGCAACCCCAACUUUAACUACGCAAGCGGGCCCAGCUCCACCCUGCGUCCCUUUGACGACCGCAACCGCGAUGAUAGAAUAGACAUCAACAGUGACCCGAAUUUUAGGAGGAAUGACCCAAAUUUUGUCAGGAACGAUCCUAACUUUGCGGGGGCGAAUCCGUUUGAUUUUAACAGGGAUCUUAAUACAAAUAGCAUUGAUAAUAGAGUCAAUCAAGUGAGCUUAAACCAGAUUCGGGAUUUCCUGAAACAAGCAGACGAACAGGCUUCUAAAGAGUGCACAAACAAUGUAGCGGCACAGUGGAAUUUCGAAACUGAUGUUAAUGAUGUAACUCAACAUGCUGCAUUGGAUGCUCAACAGCGGUACACGCUGUUCCAGCGAGGGCUUUGGGAAGUGGCUCAGCAGCUGCCCAGAGGUGGGAUACGGGACUUCCCAACGUUUAGACAACUGCGGUUGCUGUCUAUCAUCGGACCUGCUGCUCUACCACCUGACCAAUUGGACAGAUACAAUAGGAUAAUAAAUGACAUGCUGGCUGUGUACAAUACGGCUGAAAUAUGCGCUUACAACGAACCUUUUAAAUGCGGUCUCCAUUUGCAACCCGAGCUGCAGUUCAUCAUGUCACACUCCAGGGAUUGGGAUGAACUCCAACAUGUAUGGACGGAGUGGAGGAGGAACACGGGGAGGAGGAUCAGAGACUUGUAUGAACAGCUUGUGGACCUGACCAAUCAGGCUGCAAGGUUGAACAAUUUCACGGAUGCGUCAGCAUACUGGAUGUUUCCCUACGACUCAUUUAAUAUGAGACAAGAAAUUGAUGAAAUAUGGGAUCAGGUAAAGCCUCUAUACGAGCUUUUACACGCUUACGUCCGCCGCCGCCUCCGCGAAGCGUAUGGCCCGGAGCGGAUUUCAAGGUCAGCGCCGAUUCCUGCUCAUAUCCUUGGUGAUAUGUGGGGUCAGAGUUGGAACGGAAUCAUACCCUUCACGCUACCGUAUCCAGGGAAGAAACUGGUCGAUGUUACACCAGAAAUGGUUCGCCAGGGUUUCACUCCACUCACAAUAUUUCAACUGGCUGAGGAAUUCUACGUGUCUAUGAACAUGUCUGCAAUGCCGCAAGAUUUCUGGGCCCUCAGUGUCUUCGAGCAGCCUGCGGACAGGCAGAUACACUGCCAGCCUUCUGCUUGGGACUUUUGUAAUAGACACGAUUAUAGGAUUAAAAUGUGUACACACCCAGACAUGAAGGAUCUUGUCACAGCUCAUCAUGAAAUGGCGCACAUACAAUAUUUCUUAUCAUAUAGAAAUCUACCAAAAGUCUUCCGUGACGGAGCCAAUCCAGGUUUCCACGAAGCGGUCGGGGAAGCGAUCGCGCUGUCAGUAUCAUCACCACGCCAUCUCCAGACCCUAGGACUCAUCCAACGAUCAAUAGAUGACACAGCUCAUGACAUAAACUAUUUAUUCACUCAAGCUAUGGACAAGCUUGCUUUUCUACCCUUUGCCCUUGUAAUGGACCGCUGGAGGUGGGAUGUCUUCAAUGGUGAAAUACGCAAGGAACAGUAUAACUGCCAUUGGUGGAGACUAAGGGAACAAUACCAAGGAGUGAAGCCGCCGGUGCUUCGUUCAGAAUUGGACUUCGAUCCCGGGUCCAAAUACCACAUCCCAGCCAACAUUCCGUAUAUAAGAUAUUUCGUCAGCACCAUACUGCAGUUCCAAAUCCACAGAUCACUUUGCGAAAGGACCGGUCAGUACAUUCCUGGGGACCCGACUCGGCCGCUGCACAAAUGCGAUAUAUAUAGAAACCCUGAAGCUGGAAGGAUCUUAACACGGUUAAUGGAACGAGGUGCCUCCGCUCCCUGGAGUCAAGUCCUGCAAGAAUCUAUUGGUGAAACUAGACUAAAUGGGGAAGCCCUACGCGACUACUUCAGACCCCUCGAAGACUGGCUGCGAAGUGAGAACUUGAGAACCGGCGAAUAUCUGGGCUGGAGCUAUGAUGGGGACUAUUGUAAAUUCAGCAUUUCGACUGCCGGUCUCCAAGUAUACGGAGGUUUCUACAACGCUGCAAACAAGACAUUUGACCUAACUUCUUUCUUAUGUAUCCUGUUCACUUCCAUGGUUACCACCGUUGUUAGUAUAAGAUUCAGAUAAACAUUAUUCGACAAUUUCUUUGUAUUUCUGUUCAAAUAAAAUAACCAUUUUUAUUUUUAUUUACAAGAAGUGAAGUGGCGGCACUGUACUAAAAAUAUUAAUUUUUCUAUAUUUUUUUUAGGGAAGUAUUUUAAGCCAAAUAUUUAAUAACCUUAUAUCAUUUAAACAGGGUUAAGUAUAAAUACGUGUAAAAUGUUAAUUAAUUAAUAAUUAUUGUAAUAUGUAUAUUAUUUAGAAUAUAUAUUAAACUUAGUUUGUAAAUAUUCUCAAUAUUGUUCAUAAAACAAUUUAUUAUGUGUUUGUAAAGAGAAAUAUGAAUAAAGAAUUUCAAGUUA